UCUAGCCAUUGCAAACAAUCGUAAUCUUGUUUACGACUGGAUCGCAUAAUCCUCAAACCAAAAGCCACAAGAAGCGCAAGAAAUCCAAGAAAACAACACCAUCCUUUAAGCGAGAAAGGAAUAGCAAAAUUCGCCUUUGAAUGCUAACAUAAUCAAGAUGAGGGCAGCAAUUUGGAUUUGCGUACUUCUUGGCAUCUGUCUAGCGCUGACCUCAGCCGCACCCUUAACCGACACAGACAAAGGCAAUGAUGGGCCAAAAGAAGAUGCAUCUAAUCCUCCCGGAGAAGAAGGAAAUGCAUCAAGUGAAUCUGCUCCAGAAGCUGGAAAGACCGAUGAAUCGUCAUCAGAAGAUGCAUCUAACCCCCCUGGAGAGGAAGGAAAUGCAUCAAGUGAAUCUGCUCCAGAAGCUGGAAAGACCGAUGAAUCGUCAUCAGAAGAUGCACCUAAACCCUCUGGAGAAGAAGGAAAUGCAUCAAGUGAAUCUGCUCCAGAAGCUGGAAAGACCGAUGAAUCGUCAUCAGAAGAUGCAUCUAAGCCCCCUGGAGAGGAAGGAAAUGCAUCAAGUGAAUCUGCUCCAGAAGCUGGAAAGACCGAUGAAUCGUCAUCAGAAGAUGCACCUAAACCCUCUGGAGAAGAAGGAAAUGCAUCAAGUGAAUCUGCUCCAGAAGCUGGAAAGACCGAUGAAUCGUCAUCAGAAGAUGCAUCUAAGCCCCCUGGAGAGGAAGGAAAUGCAUCAAGUGAAUCUGCUCCAGAAGCUGGAAAGACCGAUGAAUCGUCAUCAGAAGAUGCAUCUAAGCCCCCUGGAGAGGAAGGAAAUGCUUCAAGUGAAUCUGCUCCAGAAGCUGGAAAGACCGAUGAAUCGUCAUCAGAAGAUGCACCUAAGCCCUCUGGAGAGGAAGGAAAUGCAUCAAGUGAAUCUGCUCCAGAAGCUGGAAAGACCGAUGAAUCGUCAUCAGAAGAUGCACCCAAGCCCCCUGGAGAAGAAGGUAAUGAAUCAAGUGAAAAAGCUCCAGAACCUGGAACCAAACGCUCUAAAGGAAAAAAGGAGAGCAAAUCUACAAAGCGUGGCACUCUUACAAAGAGAGACAAGGGCAACAAUAAAUCAUGCAAAUAUAACGAUAAAACUAUUGAACACGGAAAGCAGGCCUAUGAAGAUGUAUGUGGAAAGCUUGAAUGCCGGGAUGGAAACCUGGCCUGGUAUUUCUGGCCAAAUGCUGAUUACUUCGAAGAGUGCCACGUGCCACCCCCACUUUCACAUGGACAUCGCCAACACAAUGUAGAUAUUCCAGUACACGCUCAUCACCAUGCAAUCCAUGCUGUUGGCCUUCCAUUAGGUCAUGGACAUAAUCAAUUCCAUCAUAGCCAUCAUCCUCAUCAACUCCACUUAGACAAUCACCAUCCUUCAAUGCCGGUAAAUGUCCAUAUUGAUCACGUGCAUCACCCAGAACACAUUGAGCAUGCCCAUGAGGAUGUUCAUGCUGCUACCGGACAUGAAACAGGACAUCCUGGAGGAAGCUGGGGAGUCGGACACGCACCUUACGGACUUGGAUUCUAAACAGCAUCAUUGUCUUUGCCAUGCUCGGCAAAAUAAGCAUUGUUGGUCAGUUUGAUGACAGAGUGUUAUGCAAAAGUCAAUCAGACUGGAGUAGCAGUCACAGAACAGAAUAAAGAACUCCACAAGUCUGCCUAAUAGCAGAAGAUCUUUUAUUUCUAUAGGAUUGCAUGUCUUGUAAAAACUUGUAAUAUAUUAUCAGAAUUUUGCUCAAUUGAAUAAA